UCGAUAUUUUGUAUGCGAACAUUGUUUGAAUGUGCGUGAUUCAUUGUUCAUUGAAUUAAUACAGCAUAAUGUAUUUGUUAUCGAAAAUUAUCAUCACAUUUAUCUGGUUGAUGGUGGUUGCUUUGUAUCAUUAUGAUUGUGGCCCAUCAUACACUUAUGAUCCCGAUUUAGCAAACGAAUUACAAAGUUUAUUGCAAACGAAUCCGAAUGAUUUAAACAUUUUUUUUCGUUGGGCAUACACCGUUCAAGAGAAAAAAACAAUCGAUGUCUUGUUUGAAUUACGAUGCGAUCUAUACAAACUACGCGUUCUCUACCAUUAUCCAGAAUCUCGAGUUAUAUUGAAAAAAUUACCUAGUAGUAGAACGAAAAGUUCGUUACAACGAGAUUCAUUAUAUUCAAAUUUUUCCGUACAAAUUUAUUUUUAUCGGCGAUCUGAUGAUUGUUUUGAAAUCGGUCAUUUCAUCAUACCUAUACGUGAAAUCGAUCGAAUUGGACGACCUAGAGGUUCAAUCGAUAUAGUUCGUAAUCGAAAAUUUUACAUUGAAUUCAGCGAUUCCAAUUAUGGACCUAGAACUGCCAAUUUUCGUUGUUCAUAUCAAAAUUCAACCUUAUCUACGACUACGACUACAACUACGACAACUGCCGCGCCAACAAAAACUGUGACAAUUUCCUCAAAGUCUCAAUCAAUAGCAGUGAUCAAAGCAAAAAGUCAAAACCCAUUGUCCAAUGAAUAUUUUGAUCAUAUUAAUUCGAUUCUAGCUGAACAUACAACAAUUCUGACCGAACAACGCCAACGAAUCAUUAUGUUGGAAGAACAAUUAUCCAAAUGUUGUCAAACGACAUGUGAUAACAUUUGCGUCUCUAUUAGCCACUGCCAUGGUCAUCAUCACCAUCAAUCAUCAUAUGCAAAUUGUACAUACAUCGAACGGCCACAGCCGCCACCAAAACAAACUUGUGCUCAUAAACCAUGCUUUCAAGGUGUUCAUUGCUAUGAUGAUCCUACCAAUGGCUUUCGUUGUGGACCUUGCCCUUCCGGCUUCAAUGGUGAUGGAAUACGAUGUGAAGAUAUCGAUGAAUGUCGUUACUAUAAUCCUUGCGAUCCGAUGACAUCAUGCAUGAAUACGGCACCUGGAUUCUAUUGUAAAGACUGCCCUAGAGGAUUUCGUAGCCCAUUGAUUCGCGGUAUAGGUCUUGAACAAGCACAACAAUUACGACAAAUUUGUCAGGAUAUUGACGAAUGUCAAGAUGGCCGUAAUGGUGGCUGUGUAUCUAAUUCUUAUUGCAUCAACACAGCUGGUUCAUAUACUUGUGGCGAUUGUGUGGAUGGAUAUCAAGGCAAUCAAACUGUUGGUUGUCAUGCAAAAUCGAUCGGAACUGUAAUUUGUCCGGAUGGUUGUAUCUGCCAUCAAGAUGCCUAUUGCGUUAAACGUAAAGGAAUGAUUAGAUAUGAAUGUCAAUGCAAAAUCGGUUGGGCUGGAGAUGGAAGACUAUGCAACCUGGAUAGCGAUCUUGAUGGCUGGCCUGAUAUCGAUCUUGGUUGUUCCGAUAUAAGAUGUCGAGCGGAUAAUUGUCCUCAUAUACCGAAUAGCGGUCAAGAGGACAUAGAUCAUGAUGGCCUUGGUGAUGCUUGUGAUCCGGAUGCCGAUAAUGAUGGUAUAAUGAAUUUCAACGAUAAUUGUCCAUUAGUUUAUAAUAAAGACCAACGAGAUAGAGAUUAUCGUAAUAAAUCCACUGCUGAUAAAUACGGUGAUGCAUGUGACAACUGUCCAACGGUGCCGAAUCCUAAUCAAAUGGAUUCAGAUAAUGAUGGCAUUGGUGAUGCUUGUGAUGAUGAUGCUGAUAAUGAUGGUAUCCCAAAUACAAUAGAUAAUUGUCCAUAUGUUGCCAAUACCGAUCAGAAUGAUCGUGAUCGUGAUCGUAUCGGUGAUCUUUGCGAUAAUUGUCCAACUGUUUAUAAUCCUGAUCAAUUGGAUGCUGAUAAAGAUUUUGUAGGCGAUGCUUGCGACAAUAAUAACGAUAAAGAUUCGGACGGUAUUCAGGAUAAUCGAGAUAAUUGUCCAGAAAUUGCCAAUGCUGAUCAAUUGGAUUCGGAUGAUGAUGGUCUUGGUGAUGUAUGUGAUUUCGAUAAAGACAAUGAUGGUGUAUUCGAUCAUCAGGAUAAUUGCCCAUUAGUAUAUAAUCCUGAUCAACGAGAUACAAAUCAUACAAGCGUUGGCGAUGCUUGUCGUGGUGAUUUUGAUGGUGAUGGCGUUCCAGACAUAUUGGAUGUUUGUCCAGAUAAUCGUAAAAUUUAUUCUACAGAUUUUCGAUCCUAUCAGAUGAUUGCAUUGGAUCCAAAAGGUACAUCUCAAGAUGAUCCCGAAUGGAUCAUAUUCAACAAAGGUGCUGAAAUAUUACAGACAAAGAAUAGUGAUCCAGGAUUGGCAGUCGGAUUUCAUGCAUUCGGUGGUGUCGAUUUUGAAGGCACCUUGUAUAUUGAUGAAGUCGAAGAUAAUGAUUAUGUAGGAUUCGUAUUCAGCUAUCAAGAUAAUUCACAUUUCUAUGUAAUGAUGUGGAAAAAAGCCGAACAAUUAUAUUGGGAAUCUAAACCGAUGCGAGCAUUUGCUGAACCGGGUAUUCAGUUGAAAUUGGUUCAUUCACCAUUAGGACCAGGUGAAUAUCUGAGAAAUGCUUUAUGGAAUACGGAUUCAACACCCGGUCAUGUGAAACUAUUGUGGAAAGAUCCAAGAAAUAUUGGUUGGCGUGAACGUACUCCAUAUCGAUGGCUACUAUUACAUCGGCCAAAAAUUGGCUUAAUAAGACUGCGUGUUUUCGAAAAAGAACGCCUUGUUGCCGAUUCUGGCAAUAUAUUCGAUGUUUCUUUGAAAGGUGGCAGAUUGGGUGUGUUUGUUUUUUCCCAAAAAGCUGUCAUAUGGUCUAAUCUAGUGUAUCGAUGUAAUGAAGCUAUCCCAGAAUUAAUUUACGAUCGAUUAUCAACGGAAUAUCAGCGUCAAGUAGAAAUCGAUACAAGCCGUACGUCAAUCAUGAUACAAGAAGAUAUUAUUGGUAAUCAUCUUUAAAUCUGAAUUUGAAUAAAUGAGCCAACUCAUAAAAAUUUAAAUUUGAUGCAAAUAAUAUGUUAGGAAAAAGUAUGGACUUAAACGAAUAAUUUAUUCAAGAUUUUCAAAAAAUUCAAUUG